AUGAACGGAUCUUAUGUUUACAACAAAAUCGUUAGAAAUUUCCGUAGUUGUUACCGGAGUAAAAUCGAAGGUGAAAUAUCCGUUGAACUUCGAAGAUGUUUCACGCAGGAGACAUCCCGAAAAAGAUCUUUUUCUUUCAAAUCUGUUCUCGAAUUUGAUGGGAGGAAAAAGUUAUGGGAAGACAUCAAAGCUGAAUGUAAUGAAAGACUUAUUUUGUUGGGUGAACUAUUUACAACUCAGUGCAAUUUUAUAGCCUCUCAGAGAGUGAGGCGUAUGUCUCAAAUAUGGAACUUAUAUUCUCAUUUGUAUACGGAAAACUCUUUUCGUGAAAUAGUUUCACAGUUUGCAAAGAACUUUCGCUCUCAGAAACGUCCUUUCUCGUUACUGCUGGGUGCUGCCUUUUUUAGUUGGGAAAAGGAAAAAAUUACAGACGAAGAAAUCCAAAAGUAUGUUUUUCAUCCCAGAUCAAUUCAAAAAAUUAAAAUUGUUGUAGGCUGUUAAUCGUGUUUUUCAAUCUGCAUUUAUGAAUUGGACAGAUACCGGAGCAGCGAUGACCACCCCACCAAGCCCAUCAGCGGCCAGAAUCUCGUCAACAAACUGGUCAACGAGGGCUGGGAAGCGGUCAUACAGAAGGAGUGUGUCCAAGUCUGGAGAAAAGCUUUCCCAAACUCCUAUCUUUAUGAAUAUAAAAUCAUGGGAACAUUUUAUGAUGUGCCUGCUAGAACCUUUUUUUCUGUACAGACUGACAUUGAGUACAGAAAAGAGUGGGACAAACUGGUGAUCAAAUUGGACGUCAUCGACAAAGAGAAAACGGAAGGUGGUUGUGAAGUAAUGCAUUGGGUGAUGCAUUACCCUUUUCCUAUGUAUAGUCGAGAAUAUGUGUAUAUUAGAAGAGCAGUUAUUAGUCCAGAAACAAACACCAUGGUGCUCGUUUCAAGAGCCGUGGAGCAUCCUAGUUGCCCUGUAAAUAAUAAAUAUGUUAGAGUUACUAAGUAUAGUUCAAGAAUGGUGAUUCGCCCGCACAGGACAUACGAUGAGAAUGGUUUCGAUUACGUACUCACGUACUUCGACGAUCCCCAGGCUGCCUUUCCGGCUCCUGCAUACAACUGGAUGGCCUCUUCGGGUGUGCCAGACUUUGUAGAAAAACUGCAUGCAGCAGCACAAAAUCUCUAUUGCCAAGAGAAGAAAUCAAAAUCUAGUCUUCAAGUGAAACCUGUCAAAGAGCCUUGUACUUCAAGUGACGUAGAAUACAUCUACAUGUGA